AUGACCAUCAGCUCUCAACAUUUACAAGGCUCAUUGCUAGUCCUCAUCUCAUCUAUUGCUUGUGUCAUUGGAGCAUCCGUUGUAUUCAUCGAUACACUAUGGCCCCAAAAGUCUAUACUCGAAAACCAAUCCUUCCUUGCAGCAUCCAUGGCGUUAGCAUCAGGCGUUCUCCUUUACUCAUCGUUGGCGGUACUAUUACCAGAAGCUGUUGAACGACUGGAUGAUAGCUAUCUGGUGUAUGUUGGUUUCUUUGGUGGAGCAUUGUUCACGCUUAUCUUGACUCGUAUCAUUCACUGGUGUACACCUGGUGCCGUACAUGCAUGUGGUGGUUCUCCAAGCAUGGAUCAACGGCGAGAUGAAGAAUCUGGUCAUUGUAGCUCGUCUUCCUCAAGUUCUACAACAAGCAAUCAUGAUGAAGAAGAUGGUCAUACGUCAGCUGGCAGUAGGACGAUAGCCUAUACCGAACGACAUAGCAUCAAGCACCACCCUGUUUCUGCUCAAGGUUCUACACAAUAUGGAACAACCACUACGAAGGGUGUAGCACCAUUUAGUGAAGCGCACUUUCGGAUCCAUUCACUGGCAACAAGAGGAGGACAACAACAUCAUCAUCAUCACCAUCAUCAUGACAACGGCCAUCACCAUGACAACGAUAACCAUCAUCAUGAUGAUCACGAUGAUUCAUCAGAGGAUUCGCAUAGUUUCCUUCGCAUUGGUAUCCAGACAGCGGUUGCUAUUGGUGUACAUAAAUUUCCAGAGGGCCUUAUCAUGUUUGUUUCCAAUCAAGCAUCUUCAAGCCUUGGAUGGAGCGUAGCAGCAGCCAUGUCGAUUCACAACCUAACUGAAGGCUUCAUGAUUGCACUUCCCCUUUAUUUUGCUCUCCGUUCAAGAACCGCGGCAUUUGGAUGGGCUUCAUUGCUUGGUGGUCUAUCACAACCCCUUGGCGCAAUAAUUGGUUAUUUCCUACUUCAGAGCAUUGACAAGUCUCAAGAAAACCUGAUGUUUGGUAUGGUGUUUUCUUUGGUCAGUGGCAUGAUGACCUUGAUCACUGUUCAGAGCAUGCUUCCCCAAGCCAUCAAAGCCGAUACGAAACAUAAACAAGUGCUCCCUUUCUUCUUUUUGGGUAUCUUUUGCGUGGCAGCUUCUUCAUUCCUUGAAUCCAUAUAA